AUGUUUCGCGUUGGUGAUGGAACAAAUAUUUAUGGUCUUGAUGCCGAUCAAUUGUUUGAAAUUCAAGCAGCAUUUCAUCAAAUUGAUACAAAUCAUAAUGGUUAUAUAACUGGUAGUGAGUUGCGUCAAUCUCUUCUACGUUCUGGCAUUCCUGUUAGUGAUUUUGAAGUUCAACGUGUUUUAGCAAAAAUGGACUAUAAUCAAGAUGGACGAGUUAGUUAUGAUGAAUAUAUGACGUUCAUGGCAAGCAUCUAUCGAGGCCAAAUGUCAUGA